UCAAUAGAGCACUUUCAUUGCGAUGUGAUAUACUUGGUCGGUUAUAUAAAGAGGAAAUAUGGCCACGUUAACGGUGAAGUCAGAACAUUUUGAGUCCGCUUACCAGGAACAACUGGCGGACCUGUAGAUAUAAAACCCGCUUCGACAUGGAAACUUUAUGCUUCCUAGCCGCUUUUGCUUCGUGCCUGCCCGGUAUCAUUGCCUCUGCGCUAUGGCAGCCUGCCGUUGGCACAACAUGGAACAUUCAAUUGCAAAAUCCACUCUCGAGCGCAACGACCAACGGCCUAGCAGUGUGGGAUAUCGAUUUGUUCGACAAUACUGCCGAGAUAAUAUCCAGCAUGCAGAAGAAGUCAAGUAGAGUGAUCUGCUACUUCUCUGCCGGGAGUUACGAGCCAAACCGGCCGGACACAAACAGUUUUCUGAAAUCCGAUCUGGGAAGUGAACUGGAUGGAUGGCCAGGAGAAUACUGGCUCGACAUCAACUCGAGAAAUGUCGGUAACAUAAUGCUCGAUCGCAUCAAGUUAGCCAAGCGAAAGGGCUGUGACGGCAUCGAUCCCGACAAUGUCGACGGAUACGCCAACGACAACGGCUUGGACUUGACAUCUGCAGAUGCGGUCAAGUACGUUACAUUCCUGGCGGACGCGGCACAUGCGCAUAACAUGUCCAUCGGCCUGAAGAAUGCCGGUGACAUUAUUCCAGAUGUGAUCGACCUCAUGCAAUGGAGCGUUAAUGAGCAAUGCCAUGUAUACGACGAAUGCAGCACUUUUGAGCCCUUCGUCAAGCAGGGCAAGCCGGUCUUCCAUAUCGAGUAUCCAAAGGGUGACAAAGACAAUGAUAAGCCGGUAUCGACCACAAAGGCGGACGACAUAUGCGAUGACAGCGCGGCGAAGAAGUUCUCAACGGUCCUAAAGAAUUUAGACCUCGAUGCAUGGAUGCAGACUUGCAAAAAUGCUAGCUGAGCUGAUAUGAGGAUGGUGGAUGGAUCAUUGACAAUUGAGGUAGUCAUUGAAAGACACGUUUCGGUUCUAUUGCAUGCAAGAUGGGUCCUGGUGCCACAUUCACCUUGGUUGUCGUCGAGCCGUCAUCGCUGCCGUCCUCACCCGCUUCUGGGUGGGAGGCUCUCAGUUGCUGGAUUGUCUUUUGCGCAUCUUCUUCGAUUCUUCGCAUACGUUCACGAAGAUGAAAGUCUCGAUCUUUCCAUCGCGAUUCCCACAAAUCUUCAACCUCAUUCCUUGCCUUUUCCAGCAUAAUCUGCACAUUUUCCUCGAGAUUCGUCAGCCGGUUCUUGAGAUCAUCCAGCAGAAAGUCUUUGGCUCGUAGUUGCUGCCUGAGUACCGUGUCUUUCUCA